UGCUUAAUCGAGCUGAACCUGAACAUAACCUGUACACUCAGCAAAGUGCGUUGUUUCGUUAGUUCGUGCGAAUUCGGUGCUCUUGGAAGAUUUUGAGAAAAUAGUUUUACAAAAUACAAAGAAAACUCGAGUGAAAUUUAGAAUAUAUUGUAUUUUAUCAGCUGUAGCAGGUCCAACCAAAUUCGCAGUGAUUUUUUCAGAACCAUGGCUGACCGUCAAUCGCAGGGACGCGCCCGUGCGCGGGGCUACACGGCAGUGAAUUUGUCCCAUGAAGCUCGGGAGGGACGUGGUCAAGCGCCCGUCAGAGGCAGCGGAAUUGCCAUUGGGCCCCGAGCAGUUGCCCUGCAGCCGGGUGCUGAAGGGCGAGCGUUGGUCCACCGUGAUUCGGCUGCCGGUCGCGGAGCGGCAAGUUCCAUUGGCGGGGGUAAUGGUAAUGGCAAUGGAGAUGGUGCGGCAGGGACAAGUCGAGGAGCGUUGCGUGGUCGUCGCACCGUCGGGGAUACGCUCCGUACUCGUCCCCUGGAUGCCCCCUCAAAACAAGGUACCACUGGACAACCCCUGAAGCUCCAGGCCAACUACUUCAAAGUGUUGAAGCACCCUGAAUGGAUCCUGCAUCAGUAUCGCGUUGACUUUGCUCCACCAUGUGAGAGUAUGCGCCUCAUGCAAGGAUUGAUGAGUCAACACAAGAAGAUCUUCGGCGGAUAUCUGUUCGACGGAACACAGCUUUUUAUGGUCAACAAGCUGCGAAGCGAUCAGUUGUCGUUGGAAUGUCGCCAUGAUCGGACCGGAGAUAUUUAUCAGAUUCGUAUUGUCCACACGGGAACCGUCGAUAUGACCAACGAUGUCGGCAUCCAAGUGCUGAACUUGAUCCUUCGCCGUGCCAUGGGUGGACUGAAUCUUCAACUGGUGGGUCGUAACUUGUUCGACGCGGCGGCCAAGAUCACCAUUCCCGAAUAUCGGAUCGAGUUGUGGCCAGGGUACAUGACCAGCAUCCGUCAGCACGAGCAGGACAUUCUGGUGUGCUGCGAAAUUGCUCACAAGACCAUGCGCAUGCAAACUUGUUACGACAUUUUGCGUGACUGCCAGAAACACGACCGAAACUUCAAGGAUGCCUUCACUCGUUCCGUGCUCGGUGUGGUUGUACUGACCGGAUACAACAACAAAACCUACCCCAUCCACGACGUAUCUUUCGACACAACGCCGCAGAGCACAUUCGAGACGAAGAACGGCAAAACGUCGUUCAUUGACUACUAUAAGCAAAAGUACAACAUACACAUCCGAGAUCCCAAUCAGCCAAUGUUGCUGUCGCGAGCCAAGAAGCGAGAUCUUCGAGCGGGAGCCAACGAGUUGAUGGCUCUCGUGCCGGAACUUUGCCAGAUGACGGGAUUGACCGAACAGAUGAGAACGGAUUUCAGGAUGAUGCGAGCGAUGUCCGAUCAUACCCGCCUGAAUCCAGAUCGACGUAUUGAACGACUGGAGACGUUUAACCGUCGGCUUCAGACAACGCCGGAAAGUGCGGAAGUGUUCAAGAUCUGGCAGAUGGAGCUUGAUCGGCGCCUGGUCGAGGUUCCUGGCCGAAUCUUGCAGCAAGAAACCAUCUUCUUCUCCUCAACAGCACCCGGAGUUCAAGCCGGUGACCAGGCAGAUUGGACUUCUCAUUUCCGUAACAAUCAAAUGUUUGAUACGAUCCGGUUGGACCACUGGUAUCUUAUUGUGCCGAAUCGAGCGCAGCGCGAGGCGAACGAUUUCCUCGGAUGUAUGAUUCAGGCCGCUCGAGGCAUGCGUUUCGAGAUCCGGCAAUGCGAAGUCAUCACUAUUCCGGAUGAUAACCCUGGAACGUACAUCCGGGCACUGGACAACGUAGUGAACAGAGAUCCCCAGUUGAUUAUGUGCGUGGUCUCCAACAACAAGGCAGAUCGAUACACUGCCAUCAAGAAGAAGUGCUGCGUUGAUCGUGCCGUUCCUACGCAGGUCAUGGUCCAGAGGACCAUCACACCCAAGGGUGGCAACGUGCGAACGCUCAUGUCCGUCGCAACCAAGGUCGUCAUCCAGAUGAACUGCAAACUGGGUGGUGUUCCGUGGAAGGUCAAAAUCCCCCUCAAUGGCCUAAUGACCGUCGGUUUCGAUGUUUGCCACGACGCAAAGGAUAAGUCGAAAUCGUACGGAGCCAUGGUGGCCACCAUGGAUCAUGACAACAAAGGCACACCCAAAUUCUUCUCCACCGUUACCCAGCACUCGCACGGAGAAGAAAUUAGCAACUAUCUGCCGCUUAACACCAUCAAGGCCGUCAACGAAUACCGCAGGGAGUACAAAGAACUACCCAAGCGCAUCAUUUUCUACCGGGACGGAGUCGGCGAGGGUCAACUGCACUACGUGUUCGAACACGAAGUCAAAUCGGUCGUGGAGAAAUUGAACGAAGUGUACCGAUCGGCAGGAUCCGACCACGAUGCUCUGUUCACCUUCUUCGUGGUCAACAAGCGCAUCAACACUCGCUUUUUCGAUCGACGGCAGAACCCCAGACCCGGAACUGUGGUCGACAACGUCGUCACUCUCCCGGAACGCACCGAUUUCUAUAUCGUCUCGCAAUCGGUCCGCCAGGGAACGGUUUCGCCCACUGCGUACAAUAUCAUCUACGACACGUCCGGUCUGAAGAUCGACCACCUGCAGAUGCUGACCUACAAGCAGUGCCACCUGUACUACAACUGGUCCGGAACGACCCGGGUCCCGGCGGUGUGCCAGUACGCCCACAAGCUGGCCUUCCUCGUCGGGCAGUUCCUCCAUCAGCCUCCGAGCAAUCUGCUCGAGAAGAAGCUGUACUUUUUGUAAGGAUGAUUACUCCGGUUUAGGAGUAUCUAUUGUUAGAUUUGAAAUCCUUGACCUUUUGAACGGUUCUCAGGCAAUUGAAUGUGUAAGAAUUGGGCAACAUUGUUUUUGCUUUUCUUUGAAGUUAUUUUAAUUGAAAAUAUGAUUUUUAAUUCUUGAU